AUGUGCCAGCCGCUGACGCCGACAUCGUCGGUGGGAACUGGGUCCUCCCCCCGAAUCCACCCAAGACCGCCAUAUCCAACGUUUGUAGCAGUUAUGACAGAGACAGUGAUUGGAACCCUUUGGAUGUGCACAAUUGGGGCUUGUCUGGUUAAGUUGCUCACCCCGUUCUAUCAGUGGACUCGGGGCGCCGCUAAGGAACAUGGCGUGGACAAUGCGCUUUACUUUACAGUUGCGCUUUCUCUUGUCCACACGGGAAUGUUUGUCUUCACAAAUAUCCCAUACUUCAUUUGCGACCUGUACCAGAUCGCCCAAUCUGCCAAGAUGUACAGAAAGUCCUACAUGAAGCCCAAACACAAACUGUUGCUACGCCUUGGAAUAGAUCUGGCCAUGGCUCAUCUGCUCAUGGGUCCUUUGAUGACAUAUUUGGCAGCUCCUGUUUUCUUGCAGUUCCUGCAGGACUUUGAUGCAUCCAUCCCUUCCUUUGGUAGAUCCAUGACCACCUUCGUUGUCAUGAUGCAAACCAACGAGUUUCUCUUUUAUGGAUUCCAUCGACUGUUGCAUUCCAAAUUCUUGUACAAGAGGAUUCACAAGAAGCACCACGAGUUCUCUGGCAGCGUGGGUUAUGCAGCUGAAUUUGCCCAUCCAGUCGAAGGUGCCCUCUCCAAUCAAUUUCCCAUCUUUGCUGGGAUUAUGAUAUUGCCUUGCCAUCCCUUUUGCCUAUUGAUAUGGAUCGUUCUUGGGCUGCAAAACACAUAUGAAGGACAUAGUGGCUACAGCUUUAUCGGGCCCGAGAGCCCUUUGCCCCUGCGUUUCUUGUCUAGAGCCAGAGGAGUCGCCUUUCAUGACUUUCACCAUACACACAACCAAGGCAAUUUCGGGAAUGUCCUUACCGACUGGCUGUUUGGGACCAUGGAUCACUGGCAAAGCAUUGGUGGGUUUGAAGGAUACAUGGAACUGAAAAAGAAAGAAGGCGAGGAAAAGGUGGAAGGCAAAUCAUCAUCCGGGAGGCAGGCUGCAACGAAGACGAGCUGA